UCUCAUUCGUGUUUAGUCGACCGACGAGUGUUUCCGAGAUUUUAGCGUCUGUCACUAUUGAAAACGAAAAUGGACGCAAUAUGGCGAAGUUUAGCAAAUUGAGAUGAAAUUCAGUUGCAGUUGUCAGCCGCGGUGGUUGAAAAGAAAGAAGUCGGGACGGGCGAUGUGUCGACAUUUCGCGGCGAUAUCUCCUCACCAUUAUCAAGUGACAACUGUGCAGUGAGUGGAAAUAGGCGAGUGAAAAUUGCUGUGCAUAAAUUAUCAUUUUGAUCCGAUCGAGAUCAGUUUUCGUGGAAAUUGUGUGUGAACAGAGGGAAGUAGGAAGCGCCAACAGUGAACUCAGUGCCACUCUCACCCACGAUUCUGCUGUGAAUCCGUUUUCCAGUAUAAAAGGCCAAAGACUAGUGUCUACAAGCAAACGCAUAUGUAUUUGGUGCCAAUAUACUGAAUACAUUCUCAAGUUAAUUUCUGGAGAAAAGGAUGUUAUCUCACUUCCAUAAUUUGAUGAGGUGCUCCACGAGAGUGUUUGAUAAUGCCCCUCCCGUCAGCGGAGGAGACGAUGGCUUUGCGACCUGUUCGGGGAGGGGCGAUUGCUUAAAUGGAACUUGCUUAUGCGAAAUACGAUAUAGUGGAGACGAAUGCUCUGGAUUUAAUCUAUCUUAUCAUGCUGGGAUAUCAGCUGUAUUCUAUUUUGUUGCUCUUAUAUCUGUGAUACAGCUGAUGCUUUGUAUUGUGGCCGAAUAUCAACGAUUAAAACAACCUUCGAUCUUACGAGCUUGCCGGUUAACAACGCAAAAAUUUCUAUAUUUUGUGGUUUUUGUUGCGGCAUCUUUAAGAGGAGCAUAUUUCACAACACCGGAAGUUUUACAACCCGGAUGGGCUUCAACGCUGAUGUCUGCAUAUUAUCCAUUACUAAUGACUUGCGCAUCGUUGGUGGUUUGCCUUUGGGCUGAGAUUUUCCACUUGCGCGAUAUUCGCUGGGAGAAAUCACAAUUUUUAUCGAAAAGCUUUCUUGGCUUCGUUGCUUUCAACGUGUUCUUGUACAGUUUGUUUGGUGCCGAAGUAUUCUCAUCACUGAUAAUAUCGAAUCGACAAAAGUACGCGCAUAUCUUCAACGGAUGCUAUGCGGCUUUAUUACUUAUCGUUGUUGUAUUCUUCCUUAUUUAUGGAGUUGAGGUGUUCUUCAAGUUGCGCGGCGCAUUUGUUUAUGAUCAAAUCGGAACGGGUAUCAGACAUGACGAUCAUGUUGUAAAUGCAUCACAACUGCAUCAAUCACGGAUUGGUUUGUUGAGCCAAGCAAUUAUGUUGAUUGUUAUCGUUGGAUUCUUGACAUCGGAAACGUUGGGUAGUUUGUGGAAGAAAAAAGUUCCUGUCUACUCAAGGAAUUGGCAUGAUAUUGUGUUCCGUAUUGCUGAAAUCGGUGUUGCUAUUUGGUUCCCCUGUUGCCUGUGGAAUUCUAUGGCUCCUGAACAACUAUGGAUCCUCAAUCCUCGAAAAUUGCUCAGUAGACAAAUUGACCCUUCUAUACCGACCACCUCGACAGAGAAACGCUCAUUCUGUGCAGAAGAGGGACAAUCAUUCCUAACGAAAAAGGAUUGUUGGAUAUGUUACGAUUCGGAUAAGACGGAACCUUUGAUUCAGCCAUGCAAGUGCACGGGCGAUGUAAGUUCAGUGCAUCACGAAUGCCUGAGGAGAUGGCUUGUGGAAAGUUGCAGCAAAUCGGAUGCGGUCCUGCAAUGUAAAGUAUGCGGAUCACCAUAUGAAAUUGAGAGAACGAAAAAACUUGAUUGGGAAAAAGGCUUUACAAUACAACAUUGGGCCAAAACGAUUAUCCUAAUAACACUAAUGUGUGUCACGGGUGCAUGCGCAUGGGUUAUAAUCCAGUUAUACGUUGACCCAAUUAUUCGAAUCCUUACCGCGGGAACAGCAGUACUAAUUGGUUACGUUUGCAUCAAACUACUCGGGGAAAAUACUGUGGUUGCAUAUCAAAGAGCCAAAGUUAGUUCCAUCAAUAUUGUCACAAAUGUUGAUCCAACGCCAACACCAUCGACAUCUUCAGAUGCAAUCAAACUACAAACCAUUUGCGAAGAGGUCGGAUGCAAAUAAACAUGGAAAAUAACGAUUUAAAUGUACAACAAUAACCACGAUUCUUGUUAAUAACAUUUGUAAAUGUUUUUGCUGGAACGAAACAGAAAGACACGAUUAGUGCGAAAUAUUCCGAAAUGGUCACAUCAUUGCAGUUAGAAUUAGCACUGAGAUGUAGUUCAACACUGGAACAAAUGGUGCGAGGGAUGUGAUUCGUCUCAUUCAAAAAAAUAAUUUUAACAAUCACAACAUAAGCCACCAUUCGAUAAAGUAUUCAGUGAUCUGCUCAAAGAAUCUUCUAACUGCAGUGAUUCAGUCAUAACUCAUUUCUAAUUGACUUAAUUAUAUAAAAAGAUACAAAAUAAAAUAGAAGUCUAGUGCUAAAUUGAUUAUAUUAUGUGAAUAUAAUCCUAGUAUGUAGUUAACGAUUGUGAUAAAGUUUUGAAAGCGAACCGCUACGGCAAGUUCGAUUUUAAGAUUCUAGAUUUUAAGUGAUGUAAAUUAAAUUUAAUUUUGUUUUUUUGUUAAUAUUAACCUGUGUUUUAUUAGUCAUUGCAAGUCAAAUUUAUUUCAAUCACUUAAACAAUAUUAUCAACCAUUACCUGAUUUUUUUGUCUUGUUUAUUAUUUUUUUAUAACUGGAAUAUUUAUUCUAUAUAUUGUAAUAAUUCUCGUGCAAGUUAUUCUUUUCGAUACCGCACGUGUGCUUGGUUUUCUUUAUGACGAAUACGGUUAUUUCCUUUCCAUAAAAUAAACAUAAAGUCUAUCAAAACUUUGCCAGUACAUCAUAUUGAAACUAAAUCAAGAAGAGAAUCGUAACAUUACAAAGAUUGAUGUGAAAUUCUGAACAACGAAAACAAUAUUUGUUUUCUAAGCUCAUAUUGUAAGCAUUUUAAGAUUUAUAAUAAUAUCAAUUAGUGAUAGAACAAAGUAAAAUACAAAACAAAUACAUUGAAAGUCUAUUAUGAUGUGCUUCCAAAAGCCAAAAGUAAAUUGAACAGUAUCGAUGUUCAGUGCUCGUAGAGAACUGUAGAAAAUGUAGCAUAGAAAAAUAUAAUCUUCUUGGGUUGUAAAUGAAUAUAUUUCAACAAUAAUUUAUUUAUGAUAUCUUUCUAUUAAGAAUCUAUUCACAAGUAAAGUAUCCUCAAAAAUCAUUCUUGUAUUCCUUCUUGUCAUAUCUCAUUGAUAAUUACAAAUCUACAAGGACAUCUUUGCAAUAAAUAGUCGCUAUGUUGCGGAGAGUGUAUCAUUCAAACUAAACGAAUAAAAAAUAGGAAUAUGUUCUCCGCCCCUAUCCCCCAGUGAGUACUAAACAUGAAAGAAGAGAUUAUUUUUGGUAGAAAUUUCACAUUUAGUGUAUAGUCUUAAUGAUGGAAGUAUUUUUGCAAAUUAUAUUUCACUAAAGUCAUGUGUUAAUGAUAAUAUGCGUUGAAUAAUUUAGUGUUUAGCGAGUAAGCAAGAGGGAAAUAUCUAAUCAGAGAAUGAAAGUAAAGCUUUGGAAAAUAAACAAACACAUUAUAAAAUGCAA